AAGUCGGCCGGGGUGGGGGCUGAGACUGCGAAUCCGGGGAGCGUUUGGGCAGGGGUUGCCGAAGCCCAGGCAGAGCUGGGAGAAGGGCAGGUGCCCCCAGGCGGUGCUGGGGGUGGUUCUCCCUGGGCCCCGGCUCCCCCUGCUUGCUACUCCCAGAGAUACGGUGGGCUCGUGCCCCAUGGGGCUCCCAGGCCAGGCUGCCCGGUUCGAAUCCCACUGGUACCACUUCGUAGGUGUGUGACCUUGGGCCGGGGUCUGGCCUCCCUGUGCCUCGCUUUCUUUGGUGCCCUUGUAAAGUUGGCAUAAGGAUGACGGUGUCCCCCUUCCCAAGUUACUGGGUGGUGUGAGGAGACAUCGACGAGUGUGAGAAUGACUACUACAAUGGGGGCUGUGUGCACGAAUGUAUCAACAUCCCGGGGAACUACAGGUGCACCUGCUUUGACGGCUUCAUGUUGGCCCACGAUGGACACAACUGCCUGGAUGUGGACGAGUGUCAGGACAACAACGGUGGCUGCCAGCAGAUCUGCGUCAAUGCCAUGGGCAGCUACGAGUGUCAGUGCCACAGUGGCUUUUUCCUCAGCGACAACCAGCACACCUGCAUCCACCGCUCCAACGAGGGUAUGAACUGCAUGAACAAAGACCACGGCUGUGCCCACAUCUGCCGGGAGACGCCCAAAGGUGGGGUGGCCUGUGACUGCAGGCCCGGCUUUGACCUUGCCCAGAACCAGAAGGACUGCACACUAACCUGUAACUAUGGAAACGGAGGCUGCCAGCACAGCUGUGAGGACACAGACACGGGCCCCAUGUGUGGCUGCCACCAGAAGUACGCCCUCCACUCAGACGGUCGGACGUGCAUCGAGAAGGAUGAGGCUGCAAUUGAGCGCUCUCAGUUCAAUGCCACGUCAGUAGCUGAUGUGGACAAGCGGGUGAAACGGCGGCUCCUCAUGGAGACGUGUGCAGUAAACAACGGAGGCUGUGACCGGACCUGCAGGGACACAGCCACUGGCGUGCGAUGCAGCUGCCCGGUGGGAUUCACGCUGCAACCGGAUGGGAAGACGUGCAAAGACAUCAACGAGUGCCUGGCCAACAACGGAGGCUGUGACCACUUCUGCCGCAACACCGUGGGCAGCUUCGAGUGUGGCUGCCGGAAGGGCUACAAGCUGCUGACCGAUGAGCGGACAUGCCAAGACAUCGACGAGUGCUCCUUCGAGAGGACCUGCGACCACAUCUGUAUCAACUCCCCGGGCAGCUUCCAGUGCCUGUGUCACCGCGGCUACAUACUCUACGGGACAACCCACUGCGGAGACGUGGACGAGUGCAGCGUGAACAACGGGAGCUGCGACCAGGGCUGCGUCAACACCAAGGGCAGCUACGAAUGCGUCUGUCCCCCGGGGAGGCGGCUCCACUGGAACCGGAAGGACUGUGUGGAGACAGGCAGGUGCCUUUCCCGGGCCAAAGCCUCAACCUGGGCCCAGCUGUCCUGCAGCAGGGUGGGCGGCGUGGAGAGAUGCUCCCUGUUCUGCCCUGCCCACUCACUCUUCGUGCCAGACUCAGAAAACAGCUACAGCCUGAGCUGCGGCGUCCCGGGUCUCCAGGGCAAGACGCCACAGAAGCGAAACAGCACCAGCUCCAGCGCUGGCCCCAGCUGCUCAGGUGCGCCUGCCUCCAUCAGGCAGAAGGCCCGUUUCAAGAUCCGAGAUGCCAGGUGCCGCCUCUGGGCCCACAGCCAGGAGCCACCAAAGGAGGCCCCGAGGCAGCUGCUGCUGGAAAACUGCCACGUGACCUUUGUGAACUUCAAGUGUGACUCCUCCAAGAAGAGGCGCCGUGGCCGGAAGUCCCCAUCCAAGGAGGUGACCCACAUCACGGCGGAGUUCGAGGUGGAGGCAAAGACAGACGAGGCCUCAGACACCUGCGAGGCCGACUGCAUGCGGAAGCGCGCGGAGCAGAGCUUCCAGGCCGCCAUCAAGACUCUGCGGAGGUCCAUCGGCCGACAGCUCUUUUCCAUCCAGGUCGCAGGCACAGAGUACACGAUGGCCCGGUGGCCGGCCAAGGCCCCGGAAGGCCCGGGGGCGUGCAGCACGGGCCAGGUGCUACAGGCCGGGAAAUGCGUGGCCUGCGGGCCUGGCACCCACUUCAGCGGAGAGCCGGGCCAGUGUGUGCCGUGCGCCCCGGGGACCUACCAGGACGGGGACGGCCAACUCAGCUGCACGCCAUGCCCCAGCAGCGACGGGCUCGGCCUAGCUGGUGCCCGCAACGUGUCCGAAUGUGGAGGUCAGUGCUCCCCAGGCUUCUUCUCCCCGGAUGGCUUCAGGCCCUGCCAAGCCUGCCCGGUGGGCACGUACCAGCCAGAGCCUGGGCGCACGGGCUGCUUCCCCUGCGGAGGAGGGAUACUUACCAAGCACGAGGGCACAGCCUCCUUCCAAGACUGCGAGGCCAGAGUGCACUGCUCCCCCGGCCACCACUACAACACCACCACCCACCGGUGCAUCCGCUGCCCUGUGGGCACCUACCAGCCUGAGUUCGGCCAGAACCACUGCAUCACCUGCCCGGGCAACACCAGCACUGACUUCGACGGCUCCACCAACGUCACGCACUGCAAAAACCAGCACUGUGGCGGUGAGCUCGGGGACUACACGGGCUACAUCGAGUCCCCCAACUACCCCGGCGACUACCCGGCCAACACGGAGUGCGUCUGGCACAUCUCCCCGCCCCCCAAGCGCAGGAUCCUGAUCGUGGUCCCCGAGAUCUUCCUGCCCGUCGAGGACGAGUGCGGGGACGUCCUGGUCAUGAGGAAGAGCGCCUCACCCACGUCUAUCACCACCUACGAGACCUGCCAGACCUACGAGAGGCCCAUCGCCUUCACCUCCCGCUCCCGGAAGCUCUGGAUCCAGUUCAAGUCCAACGAAGGCAACAGCGGCAAAGGGUUCCAAGUGCCCUAUGUCACCUAUGACGAGGACUACCAGCAAUUAAUAGAAGACAUCGUUCGCGACGGACGGCUCUACGCCUCGGAGAAUCACCAGGAAAUUUUAAAAGACAAAAAGCUCAUCAAGGCCCUGUUCGAUGUGCUGGCGCACCCCCAGAACUAUUUCAAGUACACAGCCCAGGAGUCCAAGGAGAUGUUCCCACGGUCCUUCAUCAAGCUGCUGCGCUCCAAAGUGUCCCGAUUCCUGCGGCCCUACAAAUAAUGCGCUUGGAGCCGCCCAGCUUGGGGACGGCCCGGUACCCAGACGGGGAGGGGAGAGUGCCUUCCCUCCACGGCGGAAGCCAGAAGGCGGCUCCACACGCCUCCGCGCCGCCUCGGGAAGUCACCAGGGCACCUGCCCUUCGGAAACACUGACCGGCCCGUGGGGGUGAGACCACGUCCAAGCAGGGACCCCAGCCCACCGCACCCCUCGGAUCGCCCCGUUGGGAAAACACUGCUCGAGGCGGCCUUUCUCCCUCCCUCCCUCCGCCGGCUCGAUUCCAGGACAGUGCCCUCUCCUGAGCGGCCAGGACGCUCUGUGCCACCACGCGGCCUGGUCCUGGGCAGAGUGCACGUUUCGGGGGUCACGGGUGGCCUCACCCGACGCCUCGAGAGAGGGGAGUGUGGCUGCCUCUGUCUCCGGGCGGGCUCUGAGAGGCCUAAUCGGAGACAGGAAGCCAGGCUGUGGAAGGAGGGGUGCGGGAAGGCAUCUGGGAAGCUCUGAUAAGCCAGUGUCUACACCUGCAAGGCAUCCACACCCCGACUCCUCCGGCCUCGGGCCCAGGACGCAGGCGCCGCGUGGCGGGGCUCUAAGGAUUCUGUGAUGGGACAGAAAAGAGCUGCUGGUGGAGGAAACUGUAGAUUUGUGCUUUUCCUUGAUAGAGCAUCUAAUUAAGUCCUAUAUAUAUAUAAAUAUAAAGAUAAA